AUGCGUCCUGCCAAAACAACCCUCAGAAUUUGGUCUGGUACGUUCGGCUCCAAGACAUCUACAAGUGCAGGCCUGAAUCGGUGUAGUUCCUCAUCUUCACCAUACUGUGUUGUGUUCAGCUAUGCUCAUGGAUCAGUGGGAUAUGGAUGUGUGGAGUACGAGGGAUACUCCCCUACCGUCCUUCUUGAGCCUCUUUCGACGGCCUUUGUCACCGUGACUGAAUCAACAUCAUCCAGCUCAAUAGCUGGCUCCCAAACUAGCUCUGUAGCCACUUCAGGCUCUGCAUCUAAGCCAAAUGGUCUGAGCGAUGGCGCUAUCGCAGGGAUUGCUAUUGGUGGUUUCGCGGCGGUGGCCGUGGUUUGCUGUUUCGUAUUCUGGCUCUGGUUUAACAAUUGCAAGAAUCCCAGAAGUCCACAUCGCAAAUCGGCCACAGGACUAGCAAUGUCUCAACGGAAGGAACAUAUUUCUGGCGGCGCUUUUGGCACGGAGCUUCCUACACCAAACCCGCAAAGAUUCUCACCGGACUGGGGCUUUGAAGACAGCCAGAGGGAUACACUAGUUGAGAUGCCCGACGAAUCCGGUCCACCUUACGAGCUACCCACAGUGUGA